UUUUACCUGGCUGUAUGUUCCGUCUGUCCAGGAUGAAAAGUUUGGGUGCCCCCGGUUGCCAUUUGGGGGCAGGCCUGCAGCUUGUUAGAGACUGCUUGCUAUUUCCUGCUCACUUACCUGCUACUUCUCUAACAUGGAGCCUCUACUUCUCUAACAUGGAAACUUUUGUGCUCUUCUUUUUGCUGGUGGCUGUGGCCCUGCCAGAGACCAAAGCAGGCAAGACUACAUCUCCCUGGAGACAGAGAGGCUGAGUUGGACCCCCACAGAGCCCCAGCUCUGAACACCAAGUACAAGUGGGAGGAGUAGCGCAGCAUGGCCAAGAGACAGAAAGUUUAUCUGGAGGAGAAGUGUGUUGAGCGGCUGCACAAGUACCUGGAGUUGGGGAAGGAGACACUGCUAAGGGCAGAGCCACAGUCCUUACCCACCUGGAUCAUUGUGGUGAUCACUGAUGUUGCUGUCCUCCUCCUCACUGCAGUCAUUGUUGAAGUUGUGAUGUGCAGGAACAAGAAUUCAGGUGGAAAAGGAGUGGACUAUGUUUAGGCUGCAGGCAACUACAGUGCACAGGGGCCAGAUGUCUUUCUCAUAGCCAAAGGUCCAGGAGAGGUUACAAGACUUGUUGGAGUCACAGCUGGGAUGGAUGUCAUUAAAAAAGAGAGACCUUGUGCUUCAUUUGUGUUCUGACCAUGGGACCUGAUAUACUCUCUCUCUUUUUGUUGGGGACUCUGGCCUUGACCAAGACCUGGGCAGGAUGAAAAGUUUGGGUGCCCCCGGUUGCCAUUUGGGGGCAGGCCUGCAGCUUGUUAGAGACUGCUUGCUAUUUCCUGCUCACUUACCUGCUACUUCUCUAACAUGGAGCCUCUACUUCUCUAACAUGGAAACUUUUGUGCUCUUCUUUUUGCUGGUGGCUGUGGCCCUGCCAGAGACCAAAGCAGGAUUUCACUCCCUGAAGUAUUUCCAAACUUCCAUAGCUCUGCCUGGCCUCGAAAAGCCGAAGUUCAUUUCCGCAGGCUACGUGAACGAUCGACAAUUCGUACGCUUUGACAGCGACAGCUCGAGUCAGAGGGAGGAGCCCUUGGUGCCGUGGAUGGACCAGAUGGGUCAGGGGUACUGGGAGAGGAACUCACGUGUCGUCAGGGAGACCGCGCACACUUUCGAAGUAGGCCUGCAGAAUCUGCAGGUUUAUUACAAUCAGAGCGAGGGAGAAGUUCACAUCUAUCAGCGCCUGGUCGGCUGCGAGACGUAUUCCAACGGGACCUUUAGGCGUGGGUUUGAGCAAUUCGCCUACGAUGGGCAAGACUACAUCUCUCCGGAUCAGAAGACGCUGAGUUGGACGGCUUUGGUGCCCCCGGCUCUGAACACCAAGUACAAGUGGGAGGAGGAUCGCAGCAUGGCCAAGAGACAGAAAGUUUAUCUGGAGGAGAAGUGUGUUGAGUGGCUGCACAAGUACCUGGAGUUGGGGAAGGAGACGCUGCUAAGGGCAGACCCUCCCUCUGUUCGAGUGACUUGUCACACUGCCCUGGAUGGAAAGGUGACCCUUAGGUGUAGGGCCCAGAACUUUUACCCUUCAGAGAUUUCCCUGACUUGGCUGAGGGAUGGGGAGGAACAGCUCCAGGACAUGGAAUUCAUUGAGACCAGGCCUGCUGGAGAUGGGACUUUCCAGAAGUGGGCAGCCGUGGAGAUCACCUUGGGCCAGGAAGAGAAAUAUAUCUGCCUAGUUCAGCAUGAGGGACUUCCUGAGCCCCUCAUAGUGAAAUGGGAGCCACAGUCCUCACCCACCUGGAUCACUGUGGGGAUUGCUGUUGUCCUCAUUGCAGUCAUUGCUGGAGUUGUGAUCUGGAGGAAAAGGAAUUCAGGUGGACAAGGAGGGGUCCAUGUUCGGCUGCAGACAAUGACAGUGUACAGUGGUCAGAUGUCUGUCCCACAGAGAAUGGUGAGAUUAUGGAGGCUGGGAAAGUGAUCGGGAGCUUGGAACCCUGCUUUAGGAUCACAUAUCCCAGCUCAAGGACCUUAUCUCUGGCAAGAAAGCAUAAGUGGGCUCCAGUGAAGCAAUCUAUCAAGGACAGUCUGAUUCCUCUAAGAUUUUCCUUGUAUAAACAGAGUUAUCCUGUGCUAGAAGAACUGAUUCCCACAGUCACAGCACACAAUUAAGAGGUCAAGCCAUUGACAUCAGCCCUCAAAGCUAUCUUGGUACAGAGGUAGAGUACAGAUGUAUAGGCCUCUUAGAAACUGGCCCAGACCAUACCAGUAGUGAAUGCCCAAGGUACAGAAACUGUAUAUUCACCACCCAAUUAGCAUACUUGCCACAUAAUUCACUGUAUUUUUUCUAUAGCAGCUUUAGCUUAACUUCUGUUAAGUUUCGAGUUUCCUAAAGGAGCUCUGCCUACCUUUCUUAGUGUUAUAAUAAACUUUUUGCCACUUGAUUUAAAGAC